AUGGCUUCUCACAACGACAUCAAGGCCAGCGCAAACUCUGGAUUCCCAGACACAUCGGGUGCGCCAAGAGAGCAGUUCGAGCAGAGGCAGACGGCGAAUAGCGAAGACCACGAGCCCAACCCAGCGAAGAGCAUCAGCUUGAGUCCGGCGAGGCAGGCACUUGUCGGUGAUGUGCGCGAGCCAAAUUCCCAAGUCUACCAAUGCUUACUUACUGACACGAUCCCUUGGAUCAUUGCCCUUUACAGCUGCCAGCCAACCGUACAGCGCGUCAAGCGCUACACCUCUGACUGUGUCUACGACGACCAAUUCGGGUACGCCAACGACCGCUGGAAAAUGGCAGGCUAA